AAAGCAGUGUAACAUUAUUUGUCUGUGCUUAGUACCGCCCUCUUUUUUCGCUCGUCGUUAGUCGCGUCGUCGUCAACGUUCUUGCAUAGUCAAUAUGGCCGCCCCUUCGAUGGCUGAGGCUCUUGCGGCCUCUCUACCAGCUCAGAGCUCAACACCGACACCAGCACCGCCCACGUACGAGGCUAUACCAGCUUCCAUGUCAAAAGUUAUCGAUAUUGAGGCGGACAUACCACUAACCUGUGUUCAGUUGGAUGGGAUGGUCGUUUCCAAAAUUCUAAAACACGCUAGGGAGGCACCUGCUACUUCCGCCCAUGGUCUGCUAUUAGGGCUCGAUCUUGAUGGCACCCUUGAAGUGUCCAAUUCUUUCCCUCUCCCUCAUCACAGUGGCGAUGAGGAUGACAAGUCUUCAAAAUUUGCCGCUCGGUAUCAGGCGUCGAUGCUUCGUUCACUCAAAGAAGUUCAAGCAGACGAUAGUGUCGUCGGAUUUUAUCAGGCUACGACGCUGGGCGCAUUCUUCCAUCAAAGUUUGGUCGACACACAGGCUAUACACCAUGACAAACUUCGACAUGGUGGAAUAGUUGUGGUCCAUGGUAUGCACCCGAUACAUAACUCAAACUGCGCGCGGGGUAACGCCUCUUUCCGUGCUUUUCGCUUGACUGCUACCUUCUUGGAUGCGUACAAGACGUCCAACUUCAACACAGCAAGUCUAGUAAGCCACCGCCUAACGUUCUCGACAAUAAUGGAAGAAGUUCCGCUCAAAAUCCGUACCAACCCUCUCCUUAGCUCAUUUUUCGGGUCGCUCUCUGAAAGACACCCCACUGCCCUGUCCAACUCCCCCCCAUAUGCGGCAGCCGAUUCUGCCCUUCCUCCUUCGUUUUCGGUCUUGGACUUGGGCUCGGCAGGUCUGACCAAGAAUUUGGAACAAAUAGCCGAGGCCCUUGACAGCUACCGAACGGAAGAAGGCAAUCUGGCCUAUUUAUCCCGACAAAUUGCUCGAGAGCGUGCACGGGCAGACAACUAUGUAAUGAAACGGAAGGAGGAGAACAUCGCCCGGGUGGCACAGGGUCAGGCGCCUCUUCCGGAAGAGGAUGUAACGCGAUUGUUCAAAAUACCAGCGGAGCCGAGUCGCCUGGAAAGUCUGUUACUGUUAGGUCAGGUGGAUGCGUAUGCAAAGAGUAUGGCAGGGACGGCCAGCAAUGGGCUGGUGAAGAUGUACGCCGCGAGGGCCGGUAGCAACGUUUGAAUAGGCAAUCGUUUGGGCCUGCCUGUGAUAAUCAUACAUGCGGAGCAAUAAUGAUGUUAUUACCACGAGUGCCCCUGGCCAAGGAAAGAAAAAAAACUUUGGUGUGUGAUCUAUUAAUACAAAUCAAUAAAUAAAGGCUCUCUGAGAGCAAAAUCCUUGCCUCACGUUCAUCUUGCAGGAACUCCCCUCCUUUCAUUCCAUUCUUUCAGCCUUCCGUUUAUAAAGACCCCCCCCCCCCC